CUGCAGGGGCAAUGAUAAGAUGAGGUGAGGCAAAGAGGCACCGUGGAGGGGUAAAUCACUCAGAGUGGACUCCAUUUCCCACACUGCUAAGCAGCAAUAUGAAGUGGAAGUAAUCACAUGGAUGAAUAACUACAUCAUAAUAUGUGCUCUAAAUAGGUUGCGUCUUACAAGAGGAGAUGCAACAUGAAUGUAUAGCACGCGUCGUGACACACCGGUUGCCGCCAUCCAGUGGGAUGCAACAACUGCUCGUCACACUCAGUCAGAUGCCCCUCUGCUCCGGGGAAUCACACACUCAGAGGAUUUAAAGGGGAGAACAUCCAAAAAACCUGAAGUAAAUCGUGUGGAUUAGAGAGGAAAAAGAAGCACAGACGAGUUAAAUGCGGAAAAAAAGGCUCACAAUGCUGCGGAUCUGUGCCGCUGAACUCUGAUUUCCUCCGCUGAGUGCAUAUGGGAGCUCCAGUGAGUUCAUGUGCAUGAGUGACACAGCACUUUGGUACCAACUCCUGGCAGAGAGAAAGGGGGGCAAGGAAGGGGGAAAUCACGCAGCUGAGGGGUGAAUUCAUUCAGAAAGAAGAGGGCAACAUGAAUCUGAGCAACGGUAAAACUUUGGCUGCCAGUGGACAGAACAGAAACGGUACAAGUGGCAGCUGGGAAGACGCUGGGAGAGUUGUGAAGCCCUUGACUCCGACACGGAAACCUCAGCCUCCCAAACCUGAGAACGCCGUCACCAUUGCAGUAUCGUCGCGAGUCCUUUUCAACAUGGAGCGGGAGCAGCAGAUUUAUGAGCAGCAAGGCAUGGAAAAGUAUCUCAAGUACCAGGUGGAGCAUGAAAGUGAGCCUUUCAGUCCUGGCCCUGCCUUCUCCUUUGUUAAGGCUCUGGAGGCCGUCAACACUCGGCUGCGAGACCUCUACCCUCAGAACGAGGAGCUGUUUGAUGUGGUGCUCGUGACCAACAACCACGCAUACGUGGGCCUCAGGCUCAUCAAUACCAUCAAUCAUCAUCACUUGUUCAUCGAGCGCUUCUGUAUGACGGGAGGAAACAGUCCUAUAGGUUACCUGAAGGCCUACCACACCAACUUGUAUCUUUCUGCUGACUCGGCCAAGGUUCGAGAAGCUCUGGAAGAAGGUAUAGCCGCAGCCACCAUGUUCACUCAAGAGAAAAUGAAGGAAGUAUCAGAGAGUCAGCUUCGAGUUGCCUUUGACGGUGACGCUGUCCUCUUUUCUGAUGAGUCGGAACGCAUUUUUAAAGCCCACGGAUUGGACAAGUUCUUUGAGCACGAGAAGGCACAUGAGAACAAGCCACUGGACCAUGGCCCCCUGAAGGGCUUCUUGGAGGCUUUGGGAAAACUACAGAGGAAGUUUUUUGACAAAGGCCUGCGUAUGGAUUGCCCUAUCCGUACCUACCUGGUGACGGCUCGCAGCGCCGCUAGUUCAGGUACCCGAGCCUUAAAAACUCUGCGUUCCUGGGGCCUGGAAAUAGACGAGGCCCUUUUUCUAGCAGGAGCACCGAAGGGCCCCAUGCUGGAGAAGAUCAGACCACACAUCUUCUUUGAUGAUCAGAUGUUUCACGUGGAAGGUGCGGCCGAGCUUGGCACGGUGGCCUGUCACGUUCCCUACGGUAUUGCUCAAAAAGUUGCUAAGAAAUGACUCCGAGAAGCAGUUUUGAGCACAUCAAGGUAUCAACGUGGGUUGAAAAGGCAAUAACAGUCAGUCAAUUGUGUAUGCUAACAGAAGGUUACAUAAAAAAAUAUUGUAUUUCUUUUUAUAUUUUAACACUUGUAAAUCAUCAUUUUGUCAAUUUGGUGCCUUGUCUCAUAUGUUGUGUUUAAUAUUGGUCUUGCAUGUCAGUGGCAUGUUGUAAAUGUGCUCAAUUACUAUUCAGGUAUUUUUUGAUCGGAAAUGUGGCAUAUUGGUAAAAGGAAAAAAUAUAUCGAAAUGUAACAGAUAUAAUGUUGUAUGGGCAAGCUUCUAACCGAGCUCGUUGUGCCUCCUUUCUUGUUUGGACAUUUAAGAGUGUGGCACAUGUCUUCAGAGAAUAAAAACAAGAGACACUACCAGCUGCAGUUAAUCAUAAUCAUCACUAACAAGAUAAGUUAAUAGGGCAUAUAGCCUUAAGGACAAUAUGGCACUUUCAGAACUUAUUGUUAAUAGUUGAGCCUGUAUUCUGAUUGUAAAUUAGACAAACUAAGACUAUCUGAAUUGUAUAAUUGACGGGUAGUCCGUCGAGGGCAAGGAUAUUUAACUCAUUUGAUUUGGAGCCACAUUACCAGAAAGCUAAGGAGGUCUUAUUUUGUAUAUUCUGGAGAACCAAUGUCCUCUACAGUAGACAUUUGAUUUUGGUCUAUUUUAUUUUGUCAGUUACAGGAGCGCUUUGCGGUUUUUAAGGACCUUCUGCAAAAAGGCUAGACAAAGAUCAUCUCUAUGACAGCAAUUAUAGUGCUUUUAAAAAUCUGCUGCAAAAAUGUGAGUC